AUGGAGGUCACCGUCACCCGGCUCUACGGGCCAGGUGACGCCGGCGCAGGGGUCGAGGCGGUGGCCGGCGAGGACGGCGGCGGCGCGGGCUGGUGGGGCGGCGAGGCGCCGCAGCUGCAGUCGUUCAACGACCUGCGGGCGCUCGGCGUCCAGGGCGGCCUGCUGCGGCGCAUGAAAAAGGCCCGCCUCAACCGGCCGACGCCGAUCCAAAGCGCCGCCAUCCCAGUCCUGCAGUCCGGCCGCGACCUGCUGCUCGCGUCGCCGCCCGGCAGCGGCGCCACGGCCGCCUACCUCAUCCCGCUCGUGCAGGCCCUGCUGCGCGUCCAGCGGCGCCGCACGCGCAACCGCGCGUUCCCGACCGCCCUCGUGCUGGCGCCAAGCAGGGAGCUCGCGCAGCAGGUGGGGCUGCUGCGGUGCGCGGCGGGCGCGCACGCGCGCAGCUGCGUGGGAGCCGCCGUGUGGCGUUGA